UCCAAUUUUCAAACCAGCGUCGGGAGGAGAAAGCUUUUAGCGGAAUUUCUCCAUUGUUACCCUUCCCGCCAUUAGAGCCCACUCCAAGUUCAGCCAAAUCUUUUACAUUACAGCGAUAUUCUUCAUUGAUUCCCGCCAUUAAAGCACGCUCCGGCUCCACUGGUCUAACGACGCCGAAAUGGCAUCCUCCUCUUCCCUUUCAUCCAAAACUAGAACCCUAAUCGACAUCUUCCAGCCAGCGGCUUCCAAACGCCUGAAAACUUCACACACCCUCAAAACCCUUGCUACAACCACGGACGAGAAAUGUGAUUCUGAGCUCACAUUGACUUCCUCUUCCUCAGCCAUGACUCCCCUUCAGAAAUCCCGCGCGGAAACCAACAAAUGGAUGGCCAGAUCGAAGCGCAGUCUCAAAAUUUGCUCGGAAAGGGUCUCCAAAUGGGGAAAUGGAUGCGUGAAAUUGGAGGAGCUUUUGGUGGAUGAGACAUGGUUGGAAGCCCUUCCCGGAGAGUUUCAGAAACCCUAUGCUCUUAGUCUUUGUAAAUUUGUAGAAACUGAGAUUUGCGGCAGUGGCGCCCCUGUAUAUCCUCCUCCUAGCUUGAUCUUUAAUGCUUUGAAUUCCACUCCUUUCGAUAGGGUGAAAGUUGUUAUUCUUGGUCAAGAUCCUUAUCAUGGGCCUGGUCAAGCUAUGGGUCUUUCCUUUUCGGUUCCUGAGGGAGUUAAAAUUCCACCUAGUCUUCUCAACAUAUUCAAGGAACUGCGGCAAGAUCUUGGUUGUUCCAUCCCAUCCCAUGGAAAUCUUGAGAAAUGGGCUGUUCAGGGGGUCUUGUUGCUUAAUGCUGUUCUCACAGUUAGAAAGCAUCAAGCCAACUCUCAUGCUAAGAAAGGAUGGGAACAAUUCACUGAUGCUGUCAUCAAGACAAUAUCACAAAAGAAGGAAGGAGUUGUUUUUCUUCUUUGGGGGAACUCUGCUCAAGCAAAAAUGAGUUUAAUUGAUGAGAGAAAGCAUCACAUCCUCAAAGCAGCGCAUCCUUCUGGUUUGUCUGCUAACAGAGGCUUCUUCGGCUGCAGGCAUUUUUCUCAAACAAACUCACUUCUCAAAGAAUUGGGUACUGACCCCAUAGACUGGCAACUUUGAUCAGAAGCAUCUGCUAGAACCAUUGCAGUUCAUUUUGUGAAUAGACUCCCAAGUCCCGAGUCAUUCUAGGAUCUGCCAGACCAACGAGUUUCGUUGAACUUUCACUUGUUGAUUCGUUGUUAAAAUGUAGAGAUGCCAUCCUUUACCAUUUUUGUAUUUGAUAUUGAUCCCAAAGCAGCAUAACCCUUCUUUUUGGUGCUAACAGGGUAAAGUUAGAAGGAAGUUGGUCUACAAUAUGGUGACCUGACCACUUCUUAGACAUGAAUUAUUAAACCUCUACCUCUAGAGCAUAUGUUUAAUGUCUUGGCUUAUGUUGACACUUAAUUUAUCAAUUUGAUGAUCUUGUAGAGUGGAAAGCUCCUCUAUUUCU